AGGAUGGGGGCUUUCCACGAGGCUCACCUGAGCAGAAGCUGUUUGCAGGCAUGAGAAAUCACAGUGAGAGCAACGCUGUAAGUUAAUAGAUAAUCGAUAUAUUGAACUAAGAUGUUAAUGCCGAUCCUGUUAGAAGUAACGACGGUAGAUAAUGUUUAUGCUUUCGUUAGUUAAAGAGUCGCGGAUAGUUUGCAUGGAAGUGUAUUUAAAGUAGUCAAUGGAGCAGGUAAACUCUCCCUGUAUACUGCACCUUAGUGUAAUGUAGUUAUAGUCACCUUUGCAAGUAUUUACACUUGAAAUGUGAUAUUAAGGAAGGAACAAAUACUGUAUCAAUCUUGUAUUGUUUUAUCAACAGUUUUCACCAUAUGUUAAUGUGAAGAGUGAAUAGUAAAUGGUUAAUCUUACUGCGAUCUGGUUUGCAUUGGCUGUGGUUUAUCCGGACGUUAAAUUCGGCGUUCGUUACACCCGAAGGAGAACGUUACAGUGAAAAAGCGGCAUUAUCAGGUGUUUCAAGUGCUGCAAUGUCAGCUCAAUCCAGCAUCAAGUCAACGCCGCCCAGCGACAAGGGCAGUAAACCGACAUCAAGUAAGCCCACCCAGGCGUUAUCAGGUGUUCCAAGUGCUGCAAUGUCAGCUCGAUCCGGGAUCAAGUCGAUGGCGCCCAGCGACAAGGGCAGUAGAACGACAUCAAGUAAGUCCACACAGGCAAGAGCCAAGGCAGAAGCCGCCAAGGUGCGACUGCAUUAUGCCAAACAAGAAGCAGUUUUGAAAAUGAAACUGGCCACCAAAGAAGCCGAAAGGGCCGCCAGACAAAGAGAAGAGGCCGCCAGAGAAGCCGAAACCCAGUUGGAAAUGACAAAAAUAUCGACAGAGUUGCAAGUGCUGCAGCUAGAAAGAGAAGAAGAAGCUGCCAUGGCGGAAGCAAAGUACAUAGAAGAAGCUGAAGGGUCGCGUGAUCUGACCGCAGUAAGAUCUACUUUAGAAAGGACCAGACUGGAACGCACAAGCGACUAUGUACAAUCUCAAAUAGACAGGCAGGCUCGUCUCCCCUCUCCAUACGUAUUCGAUAACUUCCCCAGCUACGAGGAACCUCAGAGAGUCACGAUUGCAUCACAUCCAUACGAGGAAGGAAAUUUACCCUCACGGCUCCGUGAUGAAGUCAAGAAUGAAAGAACCGACAACGCUCCUUCACCCCCACAACAGGACGGCGGGGAGGGAGAGGUUCACUCCAGGACAACAAUUGUCAGCCCGAACUGUACAGAAGUUUGCAGUCAAACUCAGUCAAGCCGUUCUUGUUCCAAGAUCUGCCUCACUGAGGUGUACCCUGAAGAAGCACAACAAGACAUUACCAAGCGUAAAGUAACCGACGAGACGCUAGGUCAGUCAGUUUUCGUUCAAACCGAGCACGGAAACAAACUUGCACAAUCAGCUCAAGAUACCAUUUCUUUAAAAACCAAAGACACCAAGGUCUUCAGAGAUGAAGCAAAUAAUGGGGUUGCCCCAUUGCCUAUCAGAGAACCAUGCCAGCGCUCACCAGAUAACAAAGAGCAGGCAGUCAAACAGUUCACGUCCUUACGGAAAACCCAGAAAAGGAAACCUGAGAUGCAGCAACGUACCCGAUUGGCCCACGAGGUACUGUGCACCCUAAUGGCAGAGGUCACAGCCAUUAUAAACGCACAAUCAUUCCUACCUGUGUCUUCUGACCCAGAAAACCCCUUUAUACUUUCGCCAUCAAUGCUCCUUACGCAGAAGGCAGGAGCACCUCCUCCACCAGGAGACUUCUCAGACAAGGAUUUGUACACAAAGCAAUGGAGACAAGUCCAGGCUCUGGCAAAUCAGUUCUGGCCUCGCUGGAGACAAAAAUAUCUACCUCGUUGCAACAGAGACGAAAGUGGACAGAACCCCGCAGGAAUCUUCAAGUUGGAGACUUAGUCCUGCUCAGGGACAAGCAAGCCACCCGCAACAGCUGGCCAACGGCCAGAAUCACUGCUACAUUCCCUAGCGAGGAUGGACAUGUCAGGAAGAUCGAAUUGAAGACUACCGACCAAGGCGAUGUGAAACUUUACCAAAGGCCAGUUACAGAAGUUAUUCUACUUCUACCCAAUGACUGAUUAAGAGACUAAGUUUUGUACUCUGCUCAUUGUGACCUUACGAAGGUCAAGCGGGGAGUGUGCUGGUGUGCUGUCUUUACGACAGUUAUUUAGUUUAUAAUAUUUUCGCUUAGUAAUUCAUUCAAUAGUGUUUUCUAGUUAGAAUUAGAAGUGUUUAAAGUAUAUUCAUUGCAUGUAAAAUAUAUCGGCAUGCGAUGACGUCACAUCCGGUUUCGCCGCAUCUUGUGGGAAAACACCGGUUUGAAAUUAGCGCGAGGGUGGGGGCUUUCCACGAGGCUCACCUGAGCAGAAGUAGUUUGCAGGCAUGAGAAAUCACAGUGAGAGCAACGCUGUGUUAAUAGAUAAUCGAUAUAUUGAACUAAGAUGUUAAUGCCGAUCCUGUUAGAAGUAACGACGGUAGAUAAUGUUUAUGCUUUCGUUAGUUAAAGAAUCGCGGAUAGUUUGCAUGGAAGUGUAUUUAAAGUAGUCAAUGGAGCAGGUAAACUCUCCCUGUAUACUGCACCUUAGUGUAAUGUAGUUAUAGUCACCUUUGCAAGUAUUUACACUUGAAAUGUGAUAUUAAGGAAGGAACAAAUACUGUAUCAAUCUUGUAUUGUUUUAUCAACAGUUUUCACCAUAUGUUAAUGUGAAGAGUGAACAGUAAAUGGUUAAUCUUACUGCGAUCUGGUUUGCAUUGGCUGUGGUUUAUCCGGACGUUAAAUUCAGCGUUCGUUACACCCGAAGGAGAACGUUACAACAUCACUUUUAUCAGUUGCCUUGGAAUAAUCCAUGAAUGGACCUGUUCUGGGCCCAGCAUGUAAGUGCAAUUAUGAAGAAAGCACAGCAGCACCUCUACUUCCUUUGGAGUUUUAGAAAUUAAUGGAGACAUCUAAAACUUUGACAAACUUCUACAAUGUGCAGUGGAAAGUACAUUGACUGGCUGAAUCAGAUCCUGAUGUGGUAACACCAACGUCCUUGAAUGGAAAAUCCCAGCAAACAGUGGUGGACUCGGCCCAGUCCAUCAUGGGUAAAGUACUCCACACCAUUGACCACAUCUGCAUGAAACAUUGGCACAGCAUCCAUCAUCAGGGACCCCCACCACCCAGGGCAAGCUCUUUUAUUGCUGCUACCAUCAGGAAGAAGGUACAGGAGCCUCAGGACUCACACCACCAGGGUCAGGAACAGUUACUACUCCUUCAAUCAUUAGGCUCCUGAACCAAAGGGAAUAACUUCACUUGCCCAUCACUGAAAUAUUCCCAGAACCAAUGGACUCACUCUCAAGGACUCUUCAUCACAUGUUCUUGAUAUCUAUUGCUUAUUUUUAUUAUUAUUAUUAUUAUUUUUUCUUUCUUUCAUUCUUUUUGUAAUUGCACACUUUAUUGUCUUUUGCACAUGAGUUGAAAGGCCAAGUUCAAUGGGUUUCAAUAGGUACAUUUAAUGUCAGAGAAAUGUAUAGAAUAUACAUCCUGUAAUUCUUUUUCUUCGCAACCAUCCACAAAAGCAGAGGAGUA